GUCAAAUUUGCGGUCAACCUCCUCGAGCACACCGUGACUUCGUGGGAGUCCAAGGGAACCUAUCAUCGACUGUCCAUUUGUUAUAAACUGGGGAGUACGCAACGGUUUAUCGCAAUCCUAUGAUCAUCUGUCGCCUUGAUGAGUCACCGGUAUCGGCCCACUAUCCUAUUCUUACAUCCCCCGCAUCUUCGUUAUCGCGAAGUUCACAAUAUAAACUGGAAUAUAUAUACCUCACAGGCGACCUCGAGCUGCUUGCUAAAUAGUAGACGUUCAUAACUUCGUUCUCACUCAUUCACUACUACCGCCAAGACUAAGAGAUGGACUUGGAUGUGCACGCGCUUCUAACAGGUUACCAACAUCUCCCAUUUCCCGACCUUUCUGAUAGUCGCGUUCAUGAUCGUUCUACUACCUACCUCAAGUCAGCAUCUCUCAACUUGAUGGCUUUCCAGGACUGCGGUAUAGACAUACCAGGAUCCGCUGCCCUACUCCUCGCCUCCUUUUGUAACAUAUUAGGUUUGUACUGUGCAUCCUCGGACAUCUUGGUCGGGAUUCUAUCAGCAGGCACAAUUCUCCCCUGUCGUUUCUGUUGGAAUGCCGAAACGGUUUGGGGAGAUCUAGUGGAUGAGGCUCGUCAUUCACUGGAUAGAAUCGCGGGUCCAAAUAUCACAGAGUCUGAGUUGAAGACUGAGCUCGGCUUGAACGAGGACCAAUCACCGUUUACUGCUCUCUUCGUCCUUGAUGACUCUCGACCAGAGAACGCAUACAUCCCCGACGACCUUCUUGGAUCUCCUCUACUUUUGUUCAAUCCUUCGGCAGCUUUGUUGUCUGUCUGGACAUCAUCGCGCCUUGUACACCCUACCGUAGCUGAUCAGCUACUUUCCCAAAUUGUGGUUUCGUCGGUGCACGCAGCUCAAAAUCCCAUCUCAAAGAUCUCAUCACCUCCUCCCUACCCAGCUAAUGUUGCGUCUGCUGUUCAGUGUCUUUCCUCCGAGGCUCGUGCGUCCGUUUACCAACAUAUCCGUCCUGUUACCAUUGCCACAGACUUCAUCCUCCCCUACGUCCAAGUCGAUCCCAAUGCCCUAGCAGUGUGUUGGUACCCUAAUUUGGCAGCAGGACCUAGAGACAAUCUCGUUCCCGAAACGUUGUCUUAUGGCGAUCUCCAUGUCCAAGCCAACAAAUUAGGUCGAUACCUCAUAUCUCAGCAGUUGAAGCCCGAGGACAGGGUUGCUGUGUGCAUGGAUCGCAACACGCUGUUUCACAUAGUCUUGUUUGGAAUCUUGCGUGCCGGAGGUUGUUAUGUUCCGAUUGAUCCCGAGCUUCCGGACGAAAGGAAGUCAUACAUCGCAAAGGACUCGGGUGCUAGAUUUGUCAUUUUGGAGUCUCAUAGGCACUCUCCUGAGAUAUACGGGGGCAAUGUCCUCGAUCUUGACGAUGAUCAUAUUUCGCGAGACAUACAGGCAAUGACUACAGCAGAUCUAGAUGUCGCACUUCCAAACAAUCUGGCGUACAUGCUCUACACAUCUGGCACCACUGGCACUCCAAAAGGCUGUCUUCUCGCCCAUGAAGGUCUCGCUGAAGCGAUACUAGCGUUAAGCUCCUUCUCCGCUGCUGUCCAUAUGGACAAUAUUCGAGAUGGAAGGUAUCUCGGCGUUGCCUACCUUGUGUGCCUCUCUCUGGGCAUGUUGAUGAUUUCUGCGCCACGCGGAAUACUGUUGGAGAACCUUCCAUAUUAUAUCAGUCUUUUGGGCAUCACGCACGUUGGAAUCGUGCCCAGCUUGAUUGACGCGACCAUGGGCACUAUUCAAGAAGACGAAGCGAUGGGUGGCUCGAAAUUGCGAUUCAUCGGCAGUGGUGGAGAGAAAAUCAGUGACACAGUGACCAUAGGAUGUUGUGCUCGUUUUAUGGAUAGCAACACACCCAAAGGCAACGUUGGACGAGCCUUCAGCAAUGUUGCGGCUUAUGUCGUUGAUCAACAUCUCGAUAUAUUGCCGCGGGGAGCCGUCGGAGAGCUCGUCGUUGGUGGCCCCCUUGUCGGGCGCGGUUACCAUGGACGCCCGGAUCUGACGGAUAAAGUAUUCAUUGAAUGGCCGCAGAAGGGUUCUUGGGCAUAUCGCACAGGGGAUCUAGCGCGAAUGAUGCCUGAUGAUACAUUGGAAAUAAUUGGCAGAAUCGAUACUCAGAUCAAGCUACGCGGGGUGCGCAUCGAGGCGGAAGGGAUAUCCGCUGUGCUUCAGCGAGCUGCUCGGUCCUGCCUGCAGUUCAACCUUGAUGUUGGGACCAUUCUUGGGACCCAUCCGGAGAUUGGAGGUGGCAGCUCACCGCAGCUAGUCUCUUUCAUUUCCUGGGACACAGGAGUAUCAAUCACUACGAGACGGGGCGGUUCUAGGCCUGCACUAGUGAAGUCCGGAAGGGACCUGUUGCGCGUUCUGCGUGAUGCCUGUGAAAAGGAACUCGCCAGUUAUAUGCGCCCUGCCCAUAUAAUAGCCCUCAGUUGGCUUCCCCUCAGUGCUAACGGCAAAGCGGACAUCAAAGUCUUGGCCUCCAUCUUUUCAAGACUAGAUUUUAACGAACUGAUCGGACUUCAAGACCCUACUGGCCACGUUGACGACCCAGACAGCGAUAGCCCUGCUUCUGACCUCGAGGAACGGAUACUAGAGCUCUUGAGAGAAAGCUUUGCGAUUGCGAGCUCCGGUGGAUCUGUUGGUGUACACACUAGCUUAUUCGCGCUUGGAAUGGACUCAUUGUCACUUGCGCGGUUUGCAUCCAUACUCAGGAGGGCCUUCAAUAUCAACAUAACAGUCGCAGAAAUCAUGAAGUCUCCCACCGUUCGGGGUCUGUCUACUCGAUUGGGAGAUCUUGUUGUUUCGCGACCAGGAGCAGAUGUACCGGAUAUCGACAACUUCUCGUCACUAUGGAUGCCAGAAAUUCGGAAGAAAAUGCCGCAUCUCAACAUAGAGCGUGUUCUUCCUUCUUAUCCUAUCCAGGAGGGUGUUCUGUAUCGUUCUGAGAGCGCGCCAACGAUGUGUGUGCAGCAUAUCGUGAUGCGAGUUCGAGAUGAUGUCUCUAUACCGCAAUUGCAUAGCGCCUGGGAGAAAGCAGUGGCAGAUAUCGAUGUUCUAAGGACUGUAUUUUUCUUUGGCAAGACCCUGGUCCAGGUGCUUUUGUCGCGUGCAACCUGUCACCUUCAUUGGGAGGAGUCUUCCGUUGCAGCGAGCGACAGUGAAACCUUUGCCAACCAUUUCUUUGAUGAAGAAGCCACGAGAGUUUCUGUGGAAAUCAACACCCUUAUCACUUCUGUACCGCCCGUUCGUCUUCGGCUCUACCACCAAUCCUACGGCACUUACAUUGUACUAUCCAUUCAUCACGCAUUGUUCGACGCUAUUUCUCUGCCUCGCAUACUGAAGUACGUCGAGGACGCAUAUCUUGACAAGCCGCUUCAGAAUCUAACCCCUCCCAAUCAAAUAUUGGAACACACAACGUUUCGGGACCUGACUCCUGCUCGAGAGUAUUGGACGUCGACUCUUCGUGAUUUUAACUGGUCUUACCGCAAUUUGAUGGAUGUGACUCAAUCGGCUUCUCCUAAACGGAUCUCCAUAACUCUUGAUACGCCGCUUUCAUACUUCCAACAAAUGCUUGCCCAUUGCCAAGUUACAUUGCAGGCCGCGUUGACUUGCACAUUUGCUUCGAUUCUCGCAAACCGCUUGUGCCUGUCCGACGACUUAAUCUUUGGGAUCAUUAGAUCGGGGAGGUUAGCACCUGUCGAGGGUAUGGGCGACGCCCUCGUCCCUCUGCUAUCUCUUGUCCCUAUGCGCGUCAACCUCAACAACCCCGAUUGUCUUCGUCAAGUCCAGGAUGACAUCAUUAGUGCGAUUCCAUUCGAAAAUGUUCCUCUUGGGCAGGUGCAGAAAUGGGUUAGACCGGGUGCUGGUUUAUUCGACAUUCUUUUCUCGGUCAUAUACAAAGACCAGCCUGCGUACGAGCUUUUUGAUGUCGUGCGAAGUGAAUUGCCUCAACCUGACUUCUUCCUGUCUGUGGAAGUUGUAGUGGAUGUCUCAACAGAUCAGCUCAUUCUUCAGGCAGCCUUCUAUGAUGACGGAUCCCAGGCUGCCGAUAUUGAAUCGAUGCUUCUUCAAUUUGAGUCUGAGGCUCGCGGUGUCGUGACUUCUGGAGUGCCCCAUGUCACUGUUCCACAAAAGUCCCUAGUCAAUCGAGCGGAAUCCACACCACCGGUCAAUACCACCAAUGGCACACACAAUUCUAAUGGGGAAAGGGGCAUCAGUGUAGCCCUGCACUCCGUGAGGAAGAUCAUAGCUGAGUUUUUGGGUGUUGAUCCCCAACGGCUGUGGUCGAGAACAUCAUUUAUUGCCCUGGGCCUCGAUUCCAUCAGGUCGGUGGGGCUUUCGCGAGCACUCAGGGAAGAAGGAUACCAUGUAACUGCAGCAGAACUUAUGAAGUCCGCAUGUCUGGCUGAACUAGAGUCCUUACCGAUGCUACUUCAAGAUGCUAGUCGUGCACAGUUGGAGUUGGAAGCCCAGAAUCUAUUUCAAGAACAAUGUCGUAUACUGGAGUCCCAUUUUGACGUCGCCACCUGUCGGUUUUCUGAUCGCGAUGAAGCCAGGAUACUUCCAACGACCGCUUUGCAGGCAGGGAUGUUAUCACAGACGGUCAUCUCCUCAGGCUUGCUCUAUAAUCAUGUAUUCAUGUUCAAGUUGGCAUCUUCCGUGGAGCACGCCCGUCUUCGGCAAGCUUGUCAAUCCAUUGUCACGAGCUUUGACAUCUUCAGGACAACAUUCCACUACAUCGUCGACCUGGGGAAAUGGGCACAAGUUUCGCAUUCUGAUGCGCCCAUGGUUUGGAUCGAGGUCCGCCUGCACGCUGGAGAAUCUCUAGAUGCGAUGAUCAAAACUGUCACCGCAUCGACGAGCGUAUCAGAGCAGGGAUCGUCCAAGCCUUCAUUGGCCUUUUGUUUGGUCGAACAGCAGGAAGACGCUGGGACCAAGAACUAUUCCCUUGCAAUUGCCAUGCAUCAUGCUAUAUAUGAUGGUAUUUCCAUUGGAGCGCUGCUCGAAGAGUUGGAGCGGGCGUAUCAAGCCCAUUCUUCCACGAAAAUACCUCAAUUCUAUGACGUGCUUCCUUUGAUACUACGCGAAGAACAUCAAAGCAUUCCCUUUUGGGUCCAACAUCUGCAAGAUUUUCGUCCUGUUCCACUACCUCGCGCGGAGUCUAGUACACAGCCUUCCUCGGUCGUCUAUUCUCGUCGAUUGAAGCUGGACCACAAUUGUUUGGGGCAGGCAGCUUGGUCAAAGUUCAUCUCAUCAAAAGUGUCUUCCUGGGAUAUAAUGUUCGGGCACGUUGUCUCUGGACGCUCUUUUCCAGGCUACGAAGACGUUAUUGGACCCAUGUUGAACACUAUACCGUGUCGUGUUCGUAUCGGCGAAACCACAACAAAUAGGGACUUAUUGCGUUAUAUCCAUGCAAAUAACUUGGCUGCGUUAGAGUGGCAACACGCUUCACUUCGUGACAUACAAUCCGAGACGGGGCUCUUUGAACUAUGGGACAGCAUAUUUGUGUUUCAACCUCUAAAGUCCAAAUCUUCAAGUCCUUUGUGGAGUUUGCUCAAUCCAGACGAGUCUGAAGCCAACAUCCAGUAUCCAUUAAACUGCGAGUUUCACGAAAUGGAUGAUGGAUUUUCUGUGACGUUGGCUUGCAUGUCAAAUAUCAUGGAUCCGGAGUCUUUGGAUCAUGAAAUGUCGCGGCUUGAGGCCUUCCUCAGUACCAUUAUAUCCCAACCGAAUGCUAAGGCCGUCGCAGAUCUUCCCUUUGACGGCAGAAAGCUUCCCCUCCAUAGCGAUGUGUCGACCGCCAGUAUCGCACCCCGCAGAGGAAUAGACCAUUUACCUCCUGCGUUAGUCAACGUCCUAACUUCUGUCGCCAAAUGUUCUGUCGACAAGUUGGACCCGGACAGACCAAUUGCAGCUAUUGGGAUUGACUCUAUCACAGCGAUUCAGCUCAGUGCAAAAUGCAGGGAGGCAGGAAUCGCGUUGAGCAUUGCGGAUAUUAUCGCUUGCCGUACAAUCGGUGAUUUGGCUGCCAGGGUGGUCGAAGUGGAGACACAGCCAAAGACCCAUCCACCGCGACUGGAUUAUUUAGCCCCUGAGAUCGAUUUCCAAGCUUUCGCUGACAGAUUCCCAUCCGACCGGCGCGGAGACCUCACGAUUGCUCGGGCAACCUCUGGCAUGAAAUGGCUCAUUUGCGCUUGGCAAAGAAGUCAUUAUGCGCGAUUUCAACAUGUGUUCGCCUGGAGAAUGACCCAGAAAAUUGAUCCUGAACGACUACAUAGCUCGUGGACAGAGUUCAUUUCCCGACAUCCCAUUCUCAGGUCAACAUUCGUCUCCACAAAGUCUCAUUCGGACGUCCAUAUAGCGACCUUCAGUACCGACAAAAUGGAAAGCUCAUUUGCCGUUGAGCCAUUUGAUGAUUCGGCCGACAACACGGAUAACCUGCAGGCGCGGAUGAACAUGAUCAUCUCUCACCCACCUCCAACUGAUGGACCUCAGGCCUACGGACUGCUUUUGAAUGGCUUGCACAACCAAUAUUUAUUGAUUAGAAUGCAUCAUUUCCAAUACGAUGCCUGGAGUCUUGCCCUUUUGAUCGAGGACCUCUCCCACAUCUACCUUGGACAACCCUCGUCGGUCACGUCAGAUUACGAAGCGUUCAUGUCAACAUUUGCACCGACGCCAGAAAAUCUCCAGAAGCAAGAAGACUACUGGCGGUCCACCUUCUCACCCUCUUUCCGACCGGCAUAUUUUCCCCAGCUCAAGCCUCUCGCAGUUCAGGAUGAAAUCAUCCCUCGAACUAUCGUCAUCGCGAGGGAUGUAGUACGUGGGGCAUACACUCUUGAACAGCGCGCUCGGGUGCAUGGCGUGUCGCUACAGAGCGUUUUGCUGGCAUGCUGGGCAUACAUCCAAUCUUCCUAUAUGUCGCCAGAGCAAGUGACGUUUGGACUAUGGCACGCAGGUCGAACAGGGCCUGUCAAAGAUAUUGACAGAUUGGCUUUCCCAUGCAUGAACGUGCUGCCAAUGCACACUCGUCUCGGAAGCAACAGCAUCAUAGAUGUUGCUCGUAGCAUUCAAGAUGACCUACGGUUGCGCACUCCUGUCGUCCAGCAGACGGAUCUUCAAAUGAUUGAUCAGUGGAUAGGAGGCACGGGUGCACCAUUGUGCAAUGUGUUUGUCAACUUGAUUAGGCCCUUGGCAUCAGACGAUGAGGAGGAGGCCGGACUGUUCGGAUCGGUAGAUAUUGCCUACACGUCCGACCCGAAAACUGUCGACUGGAUCCCUACGUCGAAUCUUAUACAGGACGAUGUUAUGGUUGAAAUUAUUGUACACCCUUCGGAGGAUACGAUAACGAUGUCGAUCGAGAGUGCCCCAGCUAUCAUGGACACGCAACUCGCCAGGAAAGUUAUUGAUUACUGGUCAGAGAUAGUUGGAGGCCAUUGGGAGAGUGCUCCUGUAAACAUGAGGACUAUAUCAAUGUAAUGGACAGUACUCAAGUACUCACAAUACUAGACUAGGUGUGAUGA